CCUGACAGCACCUCCUCCUUCCCAUUCUGCGACAAACAGCUGGUGAGAGAGCUGCAUCUCUCCGAGAACCGACUCACUCCUGCCGCGGACGAAGCCUCUUCACCAUGGGGAGGAUUGGCAAGGAAGUGGCAGGCCAGGUCAUCAGCUUCGCAGGCCUGGUCCUGGCCUGCGUCUGCUGCGGCGUCCCCAUGUGGCGAGUGACCUCCUACAUCGGCGCCAACAUCGUGACGGGCCAGGUGGUCUGGGACGGGCUGUGGAUGAACUGCGUGAUGCAGAGUACGGGUCAGAUGCAGUGCAAGAUUAACGACUCGUUGAUGCGGCUGUCGCAGGACCUGCAGGCCGCCCGCGCGCUGGUCAUCAUCUGCCUGAUCUUCGGCUUCAUCGGCUUCAUCAUCACCUUUGUUGGAGCCAAGUGCACCAGCUGCCUGAAGAAGGACUCCAGCAACGCCACUGUGGUGAUCAUCGGCGGGUGUCUCUUGAUCCUGGCAGCCAUCUUGAUCCUGGUCCCCGUCUGCUGGUCGGCGGCCGUCAGCGUCUCGGACUACCUGAGCAACUUGACCAUUGAGACGCAGAAAAGGGAAAUUGGAGCUUCUAUUUACAUCGGUUGGUGUUCGGCGGUGUUGCUUCUGAUCGGAGGGAUCAUCCUGACCACAUCCUGUCCUCCCAAUAAGCCCUAUUAUCCCGCCUACAGACCGCCAGUAUACACCUACGGGCGCCCGAACGCAGCGACGUACGGUCCAGUGUACGCGGCGCCGUCCAACCAGUCGUACACCGGGCCAUACACCGGGAGCUACGUCCCCUCCAAACCCUACGCAGCUCCAACCGCGUACUCUGCUCAGCCGUACGUCAGAAACUGAAACUUUGGUUUGCACUGUAUCAUAAAACUGCAUCUCAACAGAUACUGUAUUUUUAAAAGAUGCUUUGUAAUCCAGCAAAAUGUGACGUAAAAGUACUUUCUUCAGUAGCUCUGAUUCUACACCCUGUGGAGGAAUGUUGUUCCCUCUUACCUGUAACUCAUGCAUCGUUUUUCAUAAGGAAACAACUGUUGUAUUUAUUUUCCAACUUUCUGAGUUGCUGUGAUUCAUUGUUUGUUUCCCAGAAAAACUGCUUCAAUAAAAUGAUUGAGUCUUUUUA